UGUAGCCCAUUGUUUCUAGAGAGUGGCUGGCUUCAGAAGCCUUCAAGCUCUCAGAGCAGCUGUGGCUUCGUUGCUGUGACUGAGAUGUACCAAGGAAGGGACCUGAGAAGUAAGAAAGACAGAAGAUGGAGCAAAGAGUGGAUAAUGUGUGCCACGCAGUGGCUAGGAGGUGGAGAACAUCUUUCCUGAGGGGUGGACCAAGGGCUUGACUACUCCCCUGACCAUAAAUGGCUUGGUGGGGGCUCUCCACCCACUGGGCUCUCCUUGCUCUGCUGCCCUCGCUCGCUCCGCUGGAUGCUCCUACAAAUGGGAGAUGCAAGCCAAUGACGCCAGCCAGAAAGGAGCUGCAUCUCGUCCAGAGCGGUGUUUGGAGAAAGCUUCUGAAGGCCGUCAGACAUGCAGUUUUCUCUCAACUUCACACUGCCGGCUAACACGACUUCCUCUCCAGUUGUCACCAGAGGGAAAGAAGCAGACUGUGGGCCGUCUAUUGGAUUAGCCGCAGGCAUUCCAUCCCUGCUGGCCACAGCCGUGGCAGUGGCUUUGUUGUUGAUCUUGAUUCACCGAAGAAGAAGCAGCAAUGAUCCCAUUGAGGAACAUGAGAGACCAUGCGAGAUUUCAGACAUCUGUGACCAUCCCAAGAUAUCUGAGAAUCCUCAGCGCUCACCCACACGCGACACUAUCAUGGGUACAGAAGAAGGCCACAUAUAUGUGAUGACGGUGACAGGAAGCGAGGAGCCCGCGGAGGACCCUUACCGCCGUCGUUCUCCUAUGGCAGCGGAGCGCAGGAGAGGGCUGUGGUGGCUGAUACCCAGACUGAGCCUAGAGUGAUGCUGCCCACUGGAGACGGAGACCUGGAACGGAGCAGAAAACCUGGGGAUUUGUAUUUUGGAUGAGGAGGGAUGCCACGCUCCUUCUAAAUCAAUUUAGGUCUCAUUUACAGACCGGGAAAGCAUUGAGACUGAUUCCCCUCCUUAGGGAAUAGCUGAUAAAAUUCCUCUCUACACUUAGAUAUUUUGUUUCACAUGCAGGGAAGCACCAGGUGAGGAUCUUAUACAUGCCAAAGGGGGCCUUUUGUUCUUAUUCCUGAUCCACAGGAAUUUGUCUUUUGUUGUGAUUUGGGGAAAGGACUUGUUUCCAGUGUCUUACCUUCUCAUAUUCUUUUACAUCUCCUUUCUUUAAAAAAAAAAAAAAAGGUCUUUAACAGCUCAGGCUAGUUGUUAGAGAGACGCUUCAUUUCCCUUAAGAAAAGAAGCAAUCCCCUGAGUUACCAAGAGCCCUCCUGCUCACACUGUACCUACCGUGCUGUAAACUUAGGGAGGACGCUCCGAGGCGACUGGCUGCAAUUAAAACGUCGACCACGAGGGGCAGUGUUGCACUCACGGAGCAGACUGGGAAAAGCCUAUCCAGUUGGCCUUGUUUUAUUUCUUUCAUCCAAGAUAGACCAAUCCUCUGGGUUUUUGGUAUCUCAGCUACUUCUCCCAGUUCGCCAAUUGCUUUCUCAUUUUCUUUCUUUUUUUAUUGGUUGGUGGCCUCUUUUAGCCCUCAGCACUCAGCUGGUUUUCCCAGUGACUUGUCUGGGGAUGUGAGUCAGAGAGCUAACCCUCCACCCCUGCUUCUGGGCAGAGACACUUCUCUCAUGCCCCCCGCCCUUGGGUCUUUGAUCAGAGGAUGGUUCAGGAAGGGAGUUCUGCAGGGGGCUCUGUGCCUGCUCACAGGGAUGUGCCCAGGUGUGGAGGGUUCAGGGUGUGGCGAGAAAGCAAGGAUUGUUAGAAAGGCGGCGGUGUCCAUUCUGUGGGUAUGGAGAGAAAGACCAAAUCCCCGGAUGACCACAGGGAAAAAGUGGUCAGCAGGAAGAAAGAUGGCGAGUGUUUCCAGUUGAUGAACAAAGGUAUGUGCUUGCCACUGGAGGAAAGCCUAGGGGCCCCAAAGGAUUUUGAGACUGGCCUUCACACUCACACCCACCGAGGGGGCUGCAGGCAGUCUCAUCCUCACCUAGGACCAUUGUUCUGGAGCAAGGGAGGCGUCUAGGUGGAACAGGUUGUGUCCAAGGAAACCCUUGGUCCAUUUAGCAGAUCCAUGUUCGACCCUGGAGAUCUUGUGGAAACAUGCCAUCCUCACAUGCUAAUUCCAUCUGAUAUCAGCCCCAUACUAUCAAGGGUCCUCAGUGGUCACCCACACAUGACCAUAGAAUGGGCCACAGUGUUUCGUAGGCUGUCACUUUAACAAGAGCAGCUCCCCCGUCUUUCAUUCCAUGGAUGCCUGGUGGACUCAAACUGCUGGCCUUUCCGUUCGUAGCCCAGGGCUUAACGAUGAUGCCCCCAGAGCAUCCUUCGGUUCUCUCAAAGGAUGGCGAUUCCUCAGGAAAGCACCCCCCCCUCCCAGAAGAGCCACUAAGAGGUUCUGUCAACUCAAACACUUUCCAAAGCUUCUUGUGACUUUCACUUUUGUGUUCUGUCCCUUCUCUGCCUGGUCCCCUAAUCACAUUCGGCUAAUUUUAAGCAGGUGUCCCCAGGGAUGCUGGGGUUUGCACUUCUCUUGCUUGGUGGGGAGGGCCUUGGAUUGACUGAGCUGUGUCCUCGCCUUUAGCAGUUUUCAUGUGCACCCUUGGGCGGCUUGUUGACCUUGAGCCUCAGUUCUGUUUAGACAAGUUGGAGACAGCAGGUCCAUCUUCCUUGCCCACAGGGCUAUUGUCAGUCUGAAUAUUGUCAGUCACGUGCAUUGACUGAAAUAAUGCACGUGACUAAGCCUUUUAGCGAUAAAGGAAGGUAUUACUAGCAUUUGAAGUGGUCUGUUUUAAUUCUACUCAUAAUCUUGUUGUCUAGAAUCCUUAUUUUAAACUGCAUUUACUAAAGUAGAAAGAUUCCUUAUUUCUGUUAUUUUUCCCUCUGUUAUAAUGAAUAUGAUAUUGGAAUAAAUUGGAAUAUUAUAUUGGAA